GACAAUUCGCAAAAGGAGCUCAAGACCAUCCGGAUGAGCUCCUUGAUUCUGUACGCCCGUUGAAAAUUUCUUUGUGACUAUUCUUUCGUGUUUUGCACAUGUUUCUCCAUUCCGAUAAUAUCAAUUUGCCAUGACUUCUUUCCAGAGCAGGCUGGGCUUCCUGGUUUUUGUGUGCCUCGUUCAAUGGGUAUCGUGUAAGGUUGUUCAAUUCGAUCUCAACCUAACAUGGGAGGACCAUGAAGUGGCUGGAUUCACGCGGAGGAUGAUUCUCAGCAACGGGCAAUUUCCCAGUCCUACCUUGCGACUGAGACAAGGUGACACGGUUGAGUUUCUGGUUAACAAUUCAAUGCCCUUCGGGGCAACAGUCCAUUUCCACGGUAUUGAGCAACGUGGUACGCCAUGGUCUGAUGGUGUUCCAGGACUUUCCCAAAGGCCAAUUGCCCCCGGCGAUCAGUUUAUUUAUAAGUGGACGGCGACGCAUUACGGAAUCUAUCUGUAUCAUGCUCAUACUAGAGGUCAAAUUGAGGAUGGAUUGUAUGGUGCUAUAUACAUUCAACCGGAUGACGCUGUGGAAAAGCCAUUUGAUUUGAUCACCGACGACCCCAAUGAGCUACAGGCUAUCCGGAAGGCGGAGAGGGAGACCACGCCAAUUAUUCUUUCUGACUGGCGUCGUUUGACGUCAGAAGAGAUCUGGCAGGCUCAAGUAGCCUCCGGAGUUGAGAACUUUUGUGCCAAUGCGGUUUUGAUCAAUGGGAAAGGCUCUGUGUUCUGCUUGCCCCAAGAUCGCAUUAAUACACUCACCACACCGGCCCGGAAACAGGCUUUGGGCAAUAGGACGUAUACUGAUAUCGGAUGUUUGCCUCCAAAUGACCCUCGGAAAGCCAGCUUAACACCAAAGAGUUUCCUUCAAGGAUGUAUGCCCAGUGAAGGCCCGGCUGAGAUAUUCGAGGUAGACCAGACUUCACGAUACAGAAGCUUCGACCUGAUCAACAUAGCCGGCAGUUUAGAGCUAGCCUUUUCCAUCGACCAGCAUUCAUUGUAUGUCUAUGCGGUCGAUGGGCGUUAUGUAGAGCCUCUCCACGUUGAUGCGAUUACUGUCAAUAUCGGAACCCGAUACUCCGUUUUGGUGAAAUUAGACCAGCCGGCCGGUGAUUACACAGUCCGCGCCGUCAACCAGGGAGCAAACCAGCUCAUCAACGGUACAGGCAUCAUGGCAUACAAAACCUCUACUCAUAUGCAGAAGAAGCCUUCCCAACCAUGGAUUUCUGAAGCUGGCACCAAUGCCACCGCGGAUACAAUGUUUUUGGAUGAGGCGAGUGUCGUUCCCUUUCCGUUAGAAGUUCCUUCUACGUCCGUGAACCGGACAUACAUCCUGAACGUCAAUCAUAUCGGCGAUACAUAUCGUUGGACGUUGGGCAAUCACAGCUUCCCACUAUCAAACGAAGAGGCGACUCCAUUGCUAUUCAACCGCAGCUCCAUUCCUGCAAAAUACAUGAUCACCACCAUGAACAAUACCUGGGUGGACUUAAUCAUCAAUAUGACUACGGCAGGGCAACCUCCUCAUCCCAUCCACAAGCAUUCAAAUAAAUAUUUCGUGAUUGGCUCCGGAACGGGUGCUUUCACCUACUCUUCGGUCGCUGAGGCUACGCAGUACAUUCCUGAACGCUUUAACUUCCGGACUCCACAGAUGAGAGAUACGUUCCCUAGUCCACCUGCGGGCUCUGGCCCAUCGUGGCUUGCUAUCCGAUAUCAUGUAGUCAACCCAGGGCCUUUUCUACUGCAUUGCCAUAUUCAGCCUCACUUGAGUGGUGGGAUGGCGUUGGCGAUAUUAGACGGCGUUGAUGCUUGGCCCCAUGUUCCAGAGGGAUAUGAACUACCAGCAGUAGCGACUUGA